AUGAGACUGUUCGUCAACAGCAACAAUUGCCAAAUGGCGGCUUUCACUGUCACCACCUUGGGAUGGAUCUUCACCAUGUUGUCCAUGGGCCUCAUGGAGUGGCGAGUGUGGUACAUGGACAACAGCAGCUCCUCCUUCCCCACCGGGCUGGCCUGUAUCGGACUGUGGAAAGUCUGCACGCAUCACCACACCACCUACGCCAGAAGCAACACGGCAUGUCGCCUUCACCCCUACAGGGACACUUACCUGCCUCUCGAUGUUCGUGUUGCCCAACACCUGCUGCUGGCCGCCAGCACUCUGGGGCUCCUGGGGAAGGUGCUCCUUGGCUGUGGCCUGAGGAAUGUGUGCUUCGGACAUCUUCAGAAGAACGCCACCUGGAACCUCUUUCUCGCUUCAGGGAUUUUGAACAUAACGGCUGCAGCCUUCAUCUCCGUGGCUGUGAUCUGGAAUUACCACUCCGUGAUGAACGAAGAGGGGAUAGACUUCCCGCCGUCCUUCUACAUCCCCUUCAAGCCAGACAAGCAGGAAAUCGGCAGUGCCAUUCCGGCGGCGGUCCUGGCUGCCCUCAUGAUGUUGUUCGGCGGGCUGUUUUCCUUCUCCUACAAGUUCCCCGCCGACCGCCAAGUGCACCCUGAAGUUUCGCAAAUAUGA